AACACUUUCUCUUCUCAUCUCGUCUUCACCUCCUCCCUCCUCUCAAAUCAGCUUCGGUUCCUACGCCUUUCCCCGAAGUUCAUCUCCUCCGCCCUCUCAAAAUUAAAAACCCCUAGACGUCUUCAUCAUCAUUUCAUUGCAUUUGACUCCCAGAAUUUUUCUGAUUAAAUCUCCCCUGAACCUUUCACCCAAAUCUCUUCAUUCCAUAUACCCGAUAUUACACAUUGUGGGGAUUUUUUUAAAUAUUUUUUUAUCUGAAUGGUACGAAAUUUCAGAAGAUUCUGUUUAUGAUGAGAUUUUUGAUCAAAGAUUGAAACUUUAACGGUCAGAUGUCAGAUUCUGAGGUGGAUUUGUUUGUUUGAAUGAGAAAUUAAGGAGGAUUUGGAAAGGGGAAAUUUUUGGGAGGAUUAUUAAAACCCUAGUUCUCUGAUUGGGUUUUUUUUUUUUUUAUUUUGGGAGUAAAUUAUCAUUAUUAUUCUUAUCCAUGGAGUUUUCUGUAUCAGAUGAAUUAUUGGGGACAUUUGUUCCAAUUUUUGUGUAUUGGGUAUAUUCAGGUAUAUAUUUGAUGUUUGGAUCUUUUGAUAAUUAUCGAUUGCACUCCAAAAAAGAUGAAGAUAUGAAGAAUUUGGUAUCUAAAAGAACUGUGGUUAAAGGUGUUCUUUUUCAACAGACGGUUCAAGCUAUUGUUGCAAUUAUCUUGUUCACCGUAACUGGAAAUGACGGCGGGCCUGAUGCAGAUUCACGACCUUCUUUUCUCUUGCUACUAAGGCAGUUUGUGAUUGCAAUGUUUAUUCUAGAUACAUGGCAAUAUUUUAUGCACAGAUACAUGCACCACAACAAAUUCUUGUAUCGCCAUAUCCAUUCACAACACCAUCGGCUUGUGGUGCCAUAUGCCUUUGGAGCUCUAUACAAUCACCCAGUGGAGGGGCUUCUCCUAGACACCAUUGGUGGGGCUCUAUCGUUCCUUCUCUCCGGUAUGACACCUCGAACCUCUAUAUUCUUCUUCUCCUUCGCCACCAUCAAAACGGUAGAUGAUCAUUGUGGUUUGUGGCUUCCGGGGAAUAUCUUUCACAUACUCUUUAGAAACAAUAGUGCGUAUCAUGACGUCCAUCAUCAGCUCUAUGGGACGAAAUACAACUUCUCGCAGCCAUUCUUUGAUAUAUGGGAUAGAAUUCUAGGGACACAUAUGCCAUAUUCAAUUGAGAAGAGAGCAGGUGGAGGUCUAGAGGCACGGCCGGCAAAGGAUUACGAAGCAUAGCUAUGGGGGGUAUUCACUGUUGUUCCAGUAUGCGUGUUGUGAGUUUUUUUCAGUUUAUCUGCGAAAAAUGCUUAAUUAUUUGUAGAUAUGUUGUUAUAUUUUUAUUUCUUUGUUUAUAUAUAGCUUCUUAAAAACUCAGUAAUAAGAUUAAAAUUUUUUUGCCCAGAACAAUAAAAAUAUAUGAAAA